AUGGAGACAAAUGCGCGAGAAGUUGAUAGCGAUGAAAUCGAUUUACUAUCCAAAUUCAAACUAUGCUUUGUCCUACGAACACUUCAUAUUGCUAGCGAACAAAAACAUUACAAAGUACGAUAUUGUGUUAAAAAUAGACAAAAUAAUGUGAAACUUAUGCUUAUGGUCACUGCACUUGUUAAUGGUACCACUCUUCGAGAAACGCUAAAUGAGUUAAUUAAAUGUGCAGAAUUUGAGAAUAGUCAUCGCUUUUUACUGUAUUCUUCUGUUUUUAUUUUUCGACACUAUUUAUUUGUGGAAUAUCAAACAAUGGCCUAUGAUUUGGAACAAAUUCUUCAUGUUAAACGAAAAGAUAUGAUAGACAAUAAUGAAGUGUUGAUAAGUUCAGUAUUAAGUGAAAAUAUUAUUGGACAUAUUUUGCGUAAAAUUCUUAAGGCACUUUCAUAUUUACAUCAAUAUGCUUUACACAAUAAUUUGAUUACACGAUCAAUUAUUGUUACGGAAAAUUGUGAUAUCAAAUUGACUGGUUUCAAAUGGACAGUGUUAAAAACUGAAGAUAUUAGAAAGGCUCUUAGUUUGCGGAAUAAUCGUUUCUUCGGGCGACCAACGCAAUGGGCACCGGAAGAAGCUCUCAAUAAUAUUGAAAAUUACGGACCACAUACUGAACUUUGGCAUGUAGGAUUAUUAAUACCGGAAAUGGUUACCGGUGAAACGUUUCAUUUGACUAAUACGAUGUAUUCGAAGGAUGUGAAACAAUAUGCUGAACAACUUAUGAAAUUUCAAUUACCUGUACCAUAUAAUGGAUGGUUUCCAAGUGGAGUAAAAUUUUCAUUAAGUUCAGAAAUUCUACGAUUAUGGCAUUGUUUAAUGCAACCAAAUCAUGAAAAACGGCCAACCAUUGGCGAACUUCUUGAUCGAAAAGUUUUUAAAAUCAUAAAAUCGGUUGAUAAAUCAGAAAUUCGAGAAGUUUUGCUUGCUAGCGCAAAAAAGUAUCGGGUAACUCCUGAUGAGCUACCAGAGCCGUUACAAAAAUGGACUCAACUAGUAAAUUAUUCGCGUGAACGCGGGGCAAGUGAUGUUACGCGUUUAGAAUCCUUAUAUCUUGGUAUGGGUCGAAAUGAAUUUUUCUCCUCAGUCAGCUACAAAGACGAAAUUGAUGAUGAAAAUCCAAUGUAUAAAAUUGAUUUCCGAAAAGUACCGAAUGAUUUAUUGCAAUGUGUUUGUAUUGUAAUACUCAAAAAACGCAAGAAGAAAGCCGCAUUAGCUCUUACAGUACACUUAGAUAUAAAUACCACUGACAUGUGUACUGUUGUUUGUCGAAAUGUUUAUAAGUUUGUGCAAAGUGAAGUAAUAGGAUUUAUUAAUUACGUUCGAAUUAGUUUGGAAAUAAUUGAGAUCUUGAAGCAACGUGAACAAACACGUGCAAAGCAUAGAAGUUGGCAAAUUUUUUUGGAAGAAGAUGAAAUCAAUGAAUUGGAAACUGUUGCGCAAGUUCAUAUAAUAUUUGAUGGCUUAACCGCUCGGAAUGUUUUGGAGAAGGCAGAAAAAGGAAAUUUCGAAUUUAAAGAUUUCAACAUGAUCGAUUCACCGGCACUUGAAACAUUUGCACAACAUAUAACAAAUGAUCAAAAUAGCAACGAAUAA